CGGCCUAAAAAUAUCACGCGAAACACAAAGAGAGAAAGGUUAGCAGGUGUCUUUAUGCCCAUUGGGAAGGAAGACAAGUCCUGCUUGGAAACGGAUCAGAAAUUUUGGACAACUAUAUGACAAGUAAGUAAUAGUGGAAGUGGUUUUCUGCUCCAUAUUCAGCUUCGGACACAACUAAAGUUAAUGAUCGAACCUUAAGUGGGUUAAAUGUUUUGGGCCAUUUGAAAUAGUUCCUCUAUAUGACUAAAAAACAUUUAACUGUAAAUUAAGUUUAGAUCAUACCGCACCAUUUUUGUACUGCAGUAAUUGAGGGAUUGUUUGAUUUUAUUAUCAUACUUCUUAUAUUACAUAUUUUUGGUGUUUACAGGUGAAUCAUGUCCUCCUGUACGGUAAAAUCAAGAGGAAAGAACCCUUACACAGCUUUUCAAGUGGACCCAAACAGUGAUUACAUCACACCCGGUACCCUAGAUCUGGAGCAGCUUUUCUGGACCGGCACAAGCGUUCAAUAUGCACACUUCAAUCAAGUCUGGCCCAAUGUCUUCAUUGGGGAUGAAAAGACGGCUCUGGAGCGACCUGGUCUGAAGAAACUGGGUAUCACGCAUGUGUUGAAUGCUGCAGAGGGGAAGUACAACAAUGUGCUGACUGGCGCAGAGUACUACACAGGCAUGAACAUCCAAUAUUUUGGAGUGGAGGCCGACGACAAACCCACGUUUGACAUCUCCCAGUUCUUCUGCCCGGCGACACAGUUCAUCAGCGAGGCCCUGAGACAACCACAGAACAAGGUGCUGGUGCACUGCGUGAUGGGUCGCAGCAGGUCAGCGUCACUGGUUUUGGCCUACCUGAUGAUGGCGCAAGGCUUAACUGUGGUGGACGCCAUCGAGCAUGUGAAACAACGCCGUUGCGUCCUGCCCAACCACGGUUUCCUCAAGCAGCUCAGAGCUCUGGACAUCACAUUGCAAGAACAGAAAUUGAGACUAAAACAACAAAUGACAGAAGAUCAACAGUCUUAAUUAGGAUCCGAUUUCAAAAUAAUUGAAUAUAAAUAUAAUGAAUACAAAUAAGAAGGAGCAUGAGAUUGAGACUUCAAUGUGAGUACUGUGAAGUAAACAAUGAAAUGUCUUGAUGCAUCUCAAGUACAUUUGAAAGUGUUAUUAGCAAGGCAAAGUAAAACAAAAACUGUGGA